GCGUUGUCUUCAAAUACAAAGAGUAUGAAUCUAGAAUCAUCAAGAUGCAACGCUGCAAUGUUUCAUAUUCUGAGACUGCCAACUAUGGUACUGACUACUGCUACGCAACGCUUAACAAAGCUAUUGGUGAAGCUAUCGUUCAAGCUGGGUUAAAGAUGGAUGUUAGAGUUACCCUUCAAGAUCCUAAAGUCUCUGGUGGAACUGAAUACGAUGACCAAUGGUGGAUGACUAUUAAUGGUCUCAAGGGUCGCACUGGUAUCGUUGACAACAAUGGUGAAUUCGAGCCAAAAGAUCUAGGUCAGGUUAUGCAACAAUCUAAGCAUGGUGCUGUGAUGAAUUUCGAUCUGGUCUUUAGCAUUCGUCUCACUAAAGAAAAUAACAAGGAGAGGGGUCCAACUGAUACCUUUAACAUCAUUCCCGAAUGUAGCCGUGGUGCUAUUAAGAGCAUCAAUCUCGAAAUCGAGCCUCCGAACGUUGAGACUCAGAUUCCAACCCAGAAAGCUGUCAAGGACGACGUUGCAUCAGAUGAGCUUGUAAACGCGCUCAACGCUCUCCUUAGUUAAAUGUACAGUAACACUUGGUUUCGUAUGUUAGUUCUAUUGCCUUUUU